CCAGCGUCUGGGCCUCGUCCCCUUCUCUCUGUCUCCCUCUCGUCCCCCAUCUCGUCCCCCGACACUGACACCCCGUUACUCCUGCACGCUCUCUUCAGUCUCAGCCUUGCUCUCCAGACCGCGCCAUCCGAGGCUACGGAGGACCAUGACUAAGACGGAUCCUGCCCCAAUGGCCCCUCCGCCCCGAGGUGAGGAAGAAGAGGAGGAGGAGGAAGAUGAACCGGUCCCAGAAGCCCCCAGCCCCACCCAGGAGCGCCGGCAGAAGCCAGUUGUGCACCCCUCAGCACCUGCUCCGCUCCCCAAAGACUACGCUUUUACCUUCUUCGAUCCCAAUGACCCUGCAUGCCAGGAAAUUCUGUUUGACCCGAAGACCACCAUCCCAGAACUGUUCGCCAUUGUACGCCAGUGGGUCCCCCAAGUCCAGCACAAGAUAGACGUCAUUGGCAAUGAGAUUCUGCGGCGUGGCUGCCAUGUGAAUGAUCGAGACGGCCUCACAGAUAUGACACUGCUCCAUUAUGCGUGCAAGGCUGGGGCCCAUGGAGUUGGGGACCCUGCUGCCGCAGUGCGUCUCUCACAGCAGUUGCUGGCGCUAGGCGCUGACGUGACCCUGCGCAGCCGCUGGACCAACAUGAACGCGCUUCACUAUGCAGCCUAUUUCGAUGUGCCAGACCUUGUGCGUGUGCUGCUGAAGGGGGCGAGGCCCAGGGUGGUGAACUCCACCUGCAGUGACUUCAACCAUGGCUCCGCUCUGCACAUCGCUGCCUCGAAUCUCUGCCUGGGCGCCGCCAAAUGUUUACUGGAGCAUGGUGCCAACCCAGCACUGAGGAACCGAAAGGGACAGGUACCAGCGGAAGUGGUCCCGGACCCCACAGACAUGUCCCUUGACAAGGCAGAGGCAGCCCUGGUGGCCAAGGAACUGCGGACACUGCUAGAAGAGGCCGUGCCACUGUCGUGCACCCUUCCCAAAGUCACACUACCCAACUACGACAACGUCCCGGGCAAUCUCAUGCUUAGCGCGCUGGGCCUGCGCCUAGGAGACCGAGUUCUCCUCGAUGGUCAGAAGACCGGCACGCUGAGGUUCUGUGGGACCACCGAGUUCGCCAGCGGCCAGUGGGUGGGCGUGGAGCUAGACGAGCCGGAAGGCAAGAACGAUGGCAGCGUCGGGGGUGUCCGGUACUUCAUCUGCCCUCCCAAGCAAGGUCUCUUUGCGUCUGUGUCCAAGGUUUCCAAGGCAGUGGACGCACCCCCUUCAUCUGUCACCUCCACGCCCCGGACGCCCCGGAUGGACUUCUCCCGCGUUACUGGCAAGGGCCGAAGGGAGCACAAAGGGAAGAAGAAGUCACCAUCUUCCCCAUCUCUGGGCAGCCUGCAGCAGCGUGAAGGCGCCAAAGCUGAAGUUGGAGACCAAGUCCUUGUGGCGGGCCAGAAGCAGGGGAUCGUGCGCUUCUACGGGAAGACUGACUUUGCCCCAGGUUACUGGUAUGGCAUCGAGCUGGACCAGCCCACGGGCAAACAUGACGGCUCUGUGUUCGGCGUCCGGUACUUUACCUGUGCCCCGAAGCAUGGCGUCUUCGCACCAGCGUCUCGUAUCCAGAGGAUUGGUGGAUCCACUGAUCCCCCCGGAGACAGUGCUGGAGCCAAAAAAGUACAUCAAGUGACAAUGACACAGCCCAAACGCACCUUCACGACAGUCCGGACCCCAAAGGACAUUGCGUCAGAGAACUCUAUCUCCAGGUUACUGUUCUGCUGCUGGUUCCCUUGGAUGCUGAGGGCGGAGAUGCAGUCUUAGAGGCCCUGGAUAACACAGAGAGAGUCCCCUCUAGCAUCUUCCUGACACAAGGAGCUCCCCCGUCACCCCAAGAUAGAGAUCCCCAGUGACGCCUCCAGAAUAGAAACCCCCUGUUAGCCAGCCCUCGAUUACUGAGGUCCCAUUAUUAACAGAACUCCCAUGAUGACGACUCCCCAAAUACAGACCUCAUGUUACCCCAGAAGAGAUUCCCUGAGUAGCACCUUCAGGCUAGUCCCUGUCCUCUACUGCUCGGAGCAGAGUUCCCCCAAUAAACAUUUUCCACGUCACCCAAGGGACGCCGCCCCUCUCCACAACAGGACGUUCUUGAGUUACCGUGAUUAGGGUCCACGAACGAAGACCCCGCCCCGGUUCUCCUUAAGCAUAGGCCACGCCUCCAGAAUAGCCAGCCAUGUCACUGUCGCCAUUUAACAUCAGUCUCCUCAAAAUGUUGUGACCCCAAGGUCACCAGAAACCCCGUACCCCCCCUUAUCAGAGAUGCCCUCCACUCACUCGAGUCCCCGUUCUCACGCCCAAACAAGACACCCACUUAGCCGGCCCACUCACCCCAAUUUACAAACACCAAAACCAUCCUGGAAGCAUGAAUUCCAGGACAACAAGUCUUCCUGCCCUCUGUACCCCGAGAGACCCCCAGUGCCUUGUACGAAGCCCCACCCCCCAACACGGCCCACAGUCCCUGUGCUGGCCAAGGCUCCCAGAAAAUUCUCUAUUUUUUAAACUAAUAACUUCUCCCCCUUUGGGGGAGGGAAAUCCCCAAAUUUGGAGGCCCCAUUCUAGAACUCUGGGGAGUUCAGAUCCAGAGAGAAUAUAUAUUAUAUAUAUCCCCAAUUCCCCAUCCCGCCAAGCCCUACAAUCUCUAGAAGACCCCAAAUUUCUAAUUCCCAGGAUUUCCCCUACCCAAGUCACAGAAUUUUCAAAUCCCUAGGGAAUCCCAAACUUAAGAUCCCCCAAUCCCAAACCCUCAGGAAACCCCCAACUACAAGGUCCUUAGGACCGGGAGGAAGGAACCCUUUGCCAGGAGAACAUCCCAGACUCUCUGGGCAUCUCAAACCUGACUCCCAGGCACCAGGAGACCCCAGACAGGAAGUCCCAUCUUUGGAACAAGGAUAGAGGACUCACUAAUACUCUAAGUCCAUGGAUCUUCUAAUCUCCCCACCUCCAAAUUCCAUGGGCCCCACCUUCAAGGGAACCCCCAAGUCCCAAAUCUCUGAUUGCUAAUAUGUGCAGGGCCCAGGGCUCUAAGAGGACCCCAAGUCAUGGGGUCCCUACAUCAAUCUACCUUCCAGUCACAGGUCCAAGACACUCAAUCUCGAGUCAUUGGCCCCAAAGGUCUUCACAGCACCUGGGCCAGACCAACAGCCUGAGGGAGAACCUGAGGGCCCCAUAGGUCCAGAGCAGACCUGGGGCCCUGACUACCAAGGACAGCUCACGACUGCCCCUUCACUGCAUGUCCCUAAACUCAGCAUGACUCCUGUCCUCUUCAAUAAAGACGUUUCUAUGGC